CCUUCUACAAAUCACUCACUCACUCCUUCCUAGUGGAACCAAAUUUCCACCUCUGCUCUGCAACCACCCAAAUAAUUCUCUUACUCUUCCUUAUCUAACGGUUUUCUUCUUCCCCAAAUCCACCCAUUUUCCAGAAUCGAAUUUUCAGUCACUUCAAUUUUGAAGCUCUACAGAUACCCCCAUUUAUUGUUUUUCCUCGCCGGAGAUGAUCACCGGAAAGGAUUUGUACACUGUCUUGACGGCGGUGAUUCCUCUCUAUGUGGCUAUGAUUUUGGCCUAUGGCUCUGUUCGUUGGUGGAGAAUCUUCUCACCGGACCAGUGUUCCGGCAUCAAUCGCUUUGUUGCCAUCUUCGCCGUUCCGCUGCUUUCCUUUCAUUUCAUCUCUACUAAUGAUCCUUAUGCUAUGAACUUUCGGUUCAUCGCCGCUGAUACUCUGCAGAAGAUUAUUAUGCUUGUUGCUCUUACGAUUUGGGCGAAUUUCACUAAGAAUGGGAGUUUGGAGUCGAUGAUUACGAUUUUCUCGCUUUCAACUUUGCCGAAUACGUUGGUUAUGGGGAUUCCUCUAUUACAGGCUAUGUAUGGAGGUAACUCUGGAAGCUUGAUGGUUCAAGUUGUUGUUAUGCAGUGCAUUAUUUGGUAUACGCUUUUGCUUUUUCUGUUUGAGUAUCGUGGAGCGAAGAUUCUGAUUAUGGAGCAAUUUCCUGAAACCGCCGCCUCCAUUGUUUCCUUCAAGGUCGAUUCCGAUGUAGUUUCGUUAGACGGGAGGGAUUUUCUUGAAACCGACGCUGAAAUUGGCAACGACGGCAAGCUUCACGUCACUGUGAGAAAAUCCAACGCUUCACGGCGGUCGUUAGGUCCUUGUUCGCUUCCGGCGUUGACGCCGCGGCCGUCGAAUCUCACCGGAGCAGAGAUUUACAGUCUAAGUUCUUCCAGAAACCCUACGCCACGAGGUUCGAAUUUCAACCACACGGAUUUCUACUCUCUGAUGGGAUAUCAAGGACGGCACUCCAAUUUCGGUCAGCCGGAGUUGUAUUCCGUUCAGUCGUCCAGAGGUCCGACGCCUCGGCCAUCGAAUUUUGAGGAGAGUUCCGGUAUUCCGACUGCAAAUUCACCGAGAUUCGGUUUCUAUCCUGCGCCGAAUCCAGAGUUCACGAAGAGCGGUAGAACACAGCCACCGCAACAGCAGCAGCCGCCGCUGCAGAACGGUGGUCCGACGAGUAAAGCCAGCCAUGACGCGAAGGAGCUUCACAUGUUCGUAUGGAGUUCAAGCGCUUCGCCAGUUUCAGAAACCGACGGUCUUCAUGUAUUCAACGGAACCGAUUUUGGAGCUAGUGAACAAAUUGGACGCUCCUCCGAUCAAAACGCCAAAGAAAUCAGGAUGUUCAUCGCCGAUCACCCACAAAAUGGUGAGAGAAAAGUUGGUGAAAGUGAGGGGAAGUUCAGAGGAGAAGAGUUAAAUUUUCAAGAUGUAGACAAUGAGAAAGAAGAACAAGUUCCUAUAGGACUCCACAAGCUGGCUCCAGUACCGCCACCCGCCGCUGCCACUGCCACGGCUGCAGCCCCAGAGAGUGGGGCGGCGAAACAAAUGCCUCCGACGAGCGUUAUGACACGUUUGAUCUUAAUCAUGGUGUGGAGAAAAUUGAUUAGAAAUCCAAACACGUAUUCAAGUCUCAUUGGCCUUGCUUGGUCUCUUAUUGCAUUUCGUUGGCAUGUGUCUAUGCCUAAAAUAAUAGCUCAAUCAAUCUCAAUUCUCUCAGAUGCUGGGCUUGGAAUGGCAAUGUUUAGCCUAGGUAUAUUCAUGGCUUUACAACCAAAACUAAUUGCUUGUGGAAACUCCAUUGCUGCAUUUGCUAUGGCUGUGAGGUUUCUCACUGGCCCUGCUGUGAUGGCGGCUGCUUCAGUUGCUAUCGGUCUGCACGGCAAUCUCCUUCGUGUCGCUAUUGUUCAGGCUGCAUUGCCUCAAGGCAUUGUUCCCUUUGUUUUUGCUAAAGAGUACAACGUCCAUCCUGCCAUUCUUAAUACUGCAGUCAUAUUUGGGAUGUUAAUAGCACUUCCAAUCACUCUUGUGUACUACAUUCUUCUGGGGUUGUAAAAUCACAGCAUUACCAAAAAACACAGCCAAAGUUGAAGACAAGAAGACGAUAAUUCUUUCUUUCACAUACUGCAAAUGUAUGAAGGUGACCCCGAAGAUUUGAUUUUUGAGGAUUGAGUUAGCAGAAGAAAAUUGAUUAGAGGUUUUGAUUUUGGGCCCCAAAAUGGUUAUUAAACUCAAAGAAGGAAAGGAAGUUCCUAAUAUUUGGGGAGAUUACUUGGUUUGUGGGACCAAAGUUGAGUUGAGUACAAAGAAGAAGAGUUGAAAAGACAAGAGGAAGCAAAAGUAAUGGCUAAUUAAGCUGCAGAAGAAAGGAGGGAGAAAUAAUGGCAAAUGGGGAAACAUUCAUGAGGAAAUCAAGGAAAGUAGUUCUCUCUCACCUCUAUCUCUCCUUUUUCUACUUUGCUUGUAAAGUUUGUUAAUUUUUCAAUGUUUUUGUGUUCAAAGAAGAGGACAAAUUUGACUAACUUUUUUUUCUUUUAUCAUUUUUAUAAACCCAUAUUCUCAAUUAAACACAUGUUUAUAUCUCUA